AAUUGCACGUGUAUUUUUAAAAAGCAAAAUUAUGGAAGAUAAAGAGUUCAGAAAGAAGCGAAAAAAAAUUUCCACUGGUGGCCCUUCAGGUAAAAAGGUAAGGAAAUUGAAGAAGAAAUUCUCAAACCCUGUAGAGGAAGAGAGAGUUGAAAGUGUUGAACAAAAUAUUAAACCCAAUGAAAUGAAUGAGUCUCGUGUCAUUGAGGGCAUAGACAAUACAGAAGAGAAUGAAUAUGAAGAACACACUUCCCUUAACCCAACAGCAUUGUCAACAAAUGAUGACACAUCCUUUGAGUCUUUAAGAGAAAGUGUGUCGGAAAAAACGCUAAGGGCUAUUUCAGAUAUGGGCUUUGUAAAUAUGACUGAAAUCCAACAUAAGAGUAUAGUGCCAUUGCUCAAUGGAAGAGAUUUACUGGGUGCAGCCAAAACUGGAAGCGGAAAGACUUUGGCAUUUUUAAUCCCAGCGAUUGAGCUACUUUACAAACUUCAGUUUAAGCCCAGGAACGGCACAGGGGUAAUCAUAAUUUCCCCAACACGAGAACUUUCCCUACAAACAUUUGGCGUGGUUACAGACUUGAUAAAACACCACAAUCACACGUAUGGCAUCAUUAUGGGUGGAGCCAAUAGAAAGAAUGAGGCUGAAAAGCUUCAGAAGGGCGUCAACCUGUUAGUUGCAACGCCAGGACGACUCUUAGACCAUUUACAGAACACGCAUGGGUUUAAAUUCAAGAAUUUGCAAUGCCUCAUAAUUGAUGAAGCUGAUCGAAUAUUGCAGAUUGGCUUCGAAGAAGAAAUGAAACAGAUUAUUCGAAUUUUACCAGGUCGUCGAAUGACGGUAUUAUUUUCUGCAACACAAACGAAAAAUGUUGAAGAUUUAGCGAGAAUAUCAUUAAAAAAAGCUCCAUUGUAUGUGGGCGUUGAUGACAAUAAAGAAACAGCAACAGUUGAAGGCUUAGAGCAGGGUUAUUUAGUUGUGCCGUCAGACAAACGUUUCUUGGUCUUAUUUACGUUUUUGAAGAAGAAUCGGGAUAAGAAAGUAAUGGUGUUUUUUUCAUCUUGUCAUUCUGUGAAAUAUCAUUCUGAACUUCUUAACUACAUUGAUCUGGAGGUGCUUGACAUACACGGCAAACAAAAGCAACAGAAGCGUACAACGACAUUUUUUCAAUUCAGCCAAGCAAAAUCUGGUAUCUUACUUUGUACUGACGUCGCAGCUCGUGGCCUUGAUAUCCCUGAGGUAGACUGGAUCGUGCAGUUUGACCCCCCUGAUGAUCCUAAGGAAUAUAUUCACAGAGUUGGGCGAACAGCGCGCGGUGCACACGGAAAAGGACACGCUCUUUUAUUCUUACUUCCUGAGGAACUGGCUUUCCUUCGCUACUUAAAACACGCAAAGGUUCCUCUUAACGAGUAUAACGUGUCGUCGUCCAAGAUUGCCAACAUUCAGUCCCAGCUUGAGAAAUUGAUCGCAAAGAACUACUACCUACACAAGUCUGCGAAGGAGGGCUAUAGGUCGUAUCUUCAGGCGUACGCCUCGCAUCAACACAGAGAUAUAUUCAGCGUGAAUACGUUAGAUCUGCAGAAAGUUGCAAAGGCUUUCGGUUUUCAAGUUCCCCCUGCUGUAAAUUUAGCUGUCCACAGCAGUAAAGGAGAGCGACCUCGAAAGCGUGGAGGUGGUGGCGGAUUUGGUAUUGGUUACAGAAACUCUAAAACGAUGAAAAAAAUUAAGACUUUCAAACAUAAGAAGGUUAACAAAGAUACCAGACAGUUUAGUAGAUAGAAUGUUCAACGUGUCUGACUGCACGGUUUUAUCGUGAGCAAGAUGCAUUGGGUGGUCACUUUUUUAAUCAUAUAAACAAUUCAUAUAAACAGUUACCGGUCCUCUAUUUUUGAUGACAGAACCUAUACGUAAUGACAGAACAUUUUCCCCUGAGUUUCAAUACUUUAUAGACGGCCAUGAACACGCAUAAGGCCUGCAUGUUUCAAACGUUGUGGUGUUUUAAAGUAUCCACAAACUCGGAAUUCACAAGAAAUCCACAUUAUACCACAAAAGAUUUAAGUUCUCUAGUCUUUUGACCUUAGUUUCAGCGUUGCUAGAUUACCGGAAAAAUAUUAUUAUGGUAAACUUCAGUUCAAAGGGCCGCUUAUAAAACUUUUAGGCUCAUUUGUUCAGUAAGCUAUCAUCCCUGAUCAAUGAAACAAUUUGAUACGAAGUCACCGAGGAAUAUUCUCAAAAAAUAGAAAAUUAUUUUUACAAAAACUCUUUUAGGGCACAGAAUACCUAUCAGAAGGACAACUCCAUUGUUUUUUGCGUAAGUGUGAAUUUUGAGUUGUCCUUCUGAUAGGUAGUCUGUGAUCAGGGCCCAUAUCUGGCAUCAGCACGAAAAAAUUCGUCAUGUUUUUUCGCUUCGCUUUUUCAGGGAGUUCUCGCGACCAAAAAGUGAAGCACGAAACAUGGCGGAUUUUUUCGUUCUUAACAAUUCCGAAGUGAAUAUCUAGACGUUAUAUCUAGUCUCCCUCCAUUCGGAACAAUCAGCUUCCAGUAUAUCCAUGCUCUAUCUCAUAGGGUCUGAGAUUCACAAAUUUUAUUGAAUUACGAGUGAUUUUUUUUAAUUAAUUAACAACUCUAUAUAGACUAUAGGGUCACUAAUGAACUAAUCCCUUGUAAAGUAGCUAUUCUCUAAGACGGUUAAAGCUUGAUUACGUUUGUUCUAUGGGACAUAGAGUCCCUCGAACAAGAUAAAAGAUCGCGAGGGGCUCCAUGCAGUAGUGACCAUAUAUUUUAUUCGAGGGACUCUAUAUCCCAUAGAACACACGUGAUCUUACUCUAACCCGUACGUAAUAUUUAAAUGUAUAUUCAGUAUAGAGGGCUACGUACAGUUGUAGAUAACAUAAUACUACAUGCAGCUAUAUUUUAACAAACUAUUGGUUUGUAUUAUAUUUCGAUCGAUUCGCAAUCGAUUAUAUAAAUGAUGCACCGCGCACGAUUUAUUUACAUUAAUACAUAAUACAACUACAAAUGUUGUUUUAUUCACUGUUUUGUUGGAAUCUGUUCCGAUGAACUGCUCCGAUUUCCAGCAGAUCUAGAUCCCCCCUAAAUUGACGCCCGGCCAUGUUCGGUGUGUAUGUUGCUAGGGGGGGUUGUUAGGGGGGGUUGUAUUCGGUAAUUUUGCAAUUCUAAGUUACCUUCAGCUCUCCCCAGAAAAAGUAGCCAAAGAG